CAGUGGGAUAUGCAUCAAUGGUCUCCAAUGGCAGUCCCUCUGCUUGCAGCGAUGGCCUUGUCGAGAGUCACGGGUAGACCUUGAACACUUUGGGUCCCGUUGUUCUCCUGCGUCUGAUCCUAACCAGCUGUCAAAGACCGGAUGGGAUUUCCUCGGUCAGAUUCUGGUUCACGAGGGAAGAAUAGAUGAACCGCGCCCUCCUCGGUGGCUUGUGAUGCAACCGCUAGGAGAUACGACCAGGAAGAUCGAUGAACUAGAACCUGCAUGGAGCCAGGCUGCAACAUAUGCAUAUUACCUCGUUUGUUUUCUGGUCCCAUCCGUCAUGCAGCGCAGUCAAGUCGGAAGGGGAGGAAGCCUGGACGAAGUAACUUCGUUUCCAGCCGCAUCUCCACCGAAGAACCACUUGUUGGAUCGGCGCUUGUCAUGCUCGUCAUGCUAUCCUCGGCUCCGGUGGGCGGGCGGCGCGCUCAAUUCCUCACUGGCGGGCGAACAAAGCCGGUCGUGCCCAACGUCAAAGUUGCCUUUUGGCCAGCCACUCCCGCCUAGACGAAGGAUCUUGGCGCGUGGCUCUGUCGAACAGGACGGAGGAGCAGUGAGUUCGAUCGUCACUCUAACGUUUCUAUUUCGCCUCAAGCCCUCGUGGAAACGUUACACCUCGCUGCGGUUGUGCUCGAUUUUCACCGACUUCAUGGACCCGGGACUCCAGGACCGCCGAACAGUCUUUGGUCCGUUUCCGACUUGUGACUCCCCAGUAAUUGAAUUUUCUCUCGAGAUGGAUGCGCUGGCUUUUUGUGAAUGCAGAAACAUAUCGGCGGCGGGAUCUGACCGCUCGAUGCACUUUGUGUUCCCCAUCGAUGCUCCGGAAAAAGAUGAAGCGGCUACAGAAGGCGGUCUGCCGCUAUCCGUAGACGGUGAAGAAACAAGGAAUGUUCGUUAGAGAGUUGGUGACUCCUUGUCCAUGAAGGUGGCUGGGGCACCAGCCACAUUUGCAGAGGUGAUCAUGAAGUGUGGCGCGACAAUAGUGUGGCGUAAUACGGAGCAGACUCCCCUGCAACCAACCAGCCUGAGUCGGACGAAUCCCGGGAACGACAGAUACGCCAACCUGUGGAAA